AUGCCGGCUCAAGGCUACGAACGGGUGGCCGCCCAAGACGAAGACGACUCGCCCGUAACCUCCCUAUCCGCCCAGCGAUGGCCGCCCGCCUCGCCGCCCCCGUCGUUCCACUCGCGCGCCUCGUCCCCCACAAACCCAUCGCGACCCCUGCUCCCUGAUGCCGACGCCCACGAUCACGACGAAGACCGCACCCUCGCCGACACGUUUGACUCGGACAGCGACGACGAUGAGGACGACGAUGGACGCGACGACCGACAGCGCCUGAUGCGGGGGAACCCACAGCCCGAGCCCGCCGCUCCCCCACCUGGCCUGCGUCGGACCGUGACGGAACUGCCCGUUUUCACUGCCCCGACGCCGGCGACGAGCGGGAGGGUUUACGGCGGGGGGAAUGGAGGCGUGUGGGCGAACCUGAGUGCAAAGCCCACACGGGGAGAGGACGCCGAGGAGAAACCACCCACAUACGAACAGGCCGCCGCCGACGCAACACCGCCCUACUGGGAAACCACCAUCCUCGCCCCCGGCACCUUUGGCGAUGAAGUCUUCGUCGAGGGCCUCCCCGUCGGCUCCCUAUUCAGCUUCAUCUGGAACGCCAUGAUAAGCAUGUCCUUCCAGCUCGUCGGCUUCCUCCUCACAUACCUCCUGCACACAACACACGCCGCCAAGAACGGUUCUCGCGCCGGCCUCGGCAUCACCCUCGUACAGUUCGGCUUCGGCUUCCGCACCGCCACCCUAAACUCCGGCUCCGGCAACUCAAACGAUAACCCCGGCCAGGGCUUCGACGGCGGCAUCCCCUCCGACCCCAACGCACACGACUUCGACCCCGAGCAGGUCGCCGGCGGCCAGGCUAGGGAGGUCACGAGCGCCGCUGGUGCCAUGGCGGGUAGUGAUUGGGUUGCCUAUGGCCUGAUGAUUGUCGGCUGGUUCAUCCUCAUCAAGAGCGUUAGUGAUUUCAUCCGCGCGAGACGGCAUGAGCAGUUGGUGUUGCAGAGCCCGGAUCGCGGGCUGGGCGUUGCUGUUGUAGCCGAAGGCGAAAGUCCCGAGAGGAGUGUGUAG